UUCAAACGUGAGCAUUCAUACCAGAGGGGACACUCCAGGACGCUCCGUUCGCGUACGCUGUGUCGUGAAAUUGACGUGAGCGUCCCUUAACUACUAAACAACUGUAAUAAGUGGUUGUAAUAUUAAAAUAAAUAGUCAGGUACAAAAAGAAAAUGAAAAUGAAACGCAGCAGAUCUUUAUCUCCCAAACCUUCCAGCAGUGAAGACGAUAUGAAACGCAUAAAACUCGAAGAGGAUAGAGAAAUAAAUGAUAUAAUAACACACCAGCAUAUAUUAGAUUUUUCAGAUGAUGUUUUGUUAAAUAUACUCAAAUAUUUGAAUCCCCAAGAUCUUAUGGCAGUAAGCUUGUGUUGUCAACGAUUAAAUCAAAUAGUGCAAGAUAAAACUUUAUGGAGAAAGGUAGACUUCCGUGCAUUGCCUAUGUCAUCAGAUGACUUAAAGGAGUAUGUAAAAUUUUUUCAACCAAUGACAACAACUCUUGCUAUUCGUGGCUGUUUGAAUUCUGAAAUAGAAGCAAGACUUAGUCCUUGUUUGUUUAAUUCUAUUAAACAUGUAUGUACUCAACUUAAAGAAUUGGUUAUUGAACAAUAUAAUAUCAAUGGAAACGAGAUUCAAAUAACAGAUUUUCCACGUACCAUUGAGAAACUUUCAUUGCAAGGAUGUAAAAUGGGUUACUUGCCUAGGAGUAAGUCAUAUUUUUACACAAUGAAUCUCCAUAUGCCUGAUUUAACAUGCUUGAUUUUAAGCAAUUGUUCAUGGUUCACUUCGCAUUCACUGUUGGUUAUUAGUAAAAUGCCAAAAUUAAAAGAGUUGAGAUUAAAUUCGUGUCACAGUUUAGGUGAAUGUAUCGCUUAUACAAGUUUGGCAACAAAAUUGGGGUUCCAAAAUUUAGAGAUUCUCGAUUUACGAGAUACAGCACUUGGCGAUAGCGAGGUUGGAUGUUUCAGUUACACUAAAACUUUGACACAUCUCUAUCUAGAAUGUCCGACUUCGCGAAAUUCAGAAUCAACGGAAUACGAGCCACGACUUAUGAGCAGACAAUUGAAUCCACCUACAUACGAAGACGAAAAUCUUGCACAAUUUUGGAUUGAUAUUGGAUUUCGUUGGGAAACUUCUUCGUUUGGACGUUGUAAUAUAACAGAUAGAACAAUAUGUACUCUCGGAAGCAAAGUAUGCGAUCGCAGAAUAAUCAACAACACAGCAGAAGGAGCCGUAUUCAUCGAAGAAAAACGAGUAGUUAACAAUCCACGCUUGAAAACAUUAGUUGUCAGAAACUAUCCAAAUGUUACGGAUACCAGUCUUGAACACUUGGCUAUAACCGCAUCAAGUCUCGAAUAUCUUGAUGUAACCGGUACUUCCGUUACAAGGCAAGGUGUCGAAAGUUUUAAGUCACAGAAAUCAAAUGUUAAGAUAGUCUCUUCAUUUAGUGAGACAUAGUUGUAAAGAACUACGAAUAAAUCAUGAACUUAACAUGGUUUGAAUAUAUUUUAACGCGUGUUCGGAUAUUGAAAAACAUUAUUCGAGUCGUACGAAGUCAUUCCGAAGACUUUGAUAAUAUGAUACUUUUACAAUGGAACGUAUCUAUUUAAUAUUGAAGACGAACGAACAGAAAAAUUAGAAAUAAACAUUUUUUACUUUCACUAAGUAGAAAAUAUGAAGAAAACUGCGUGUUAUAGAGUAAUAUUUGCAAUUUAUAUCCUAAUUUUACUAUCUUUGCGUGAACUGUGUUUAAUGUAUUUAUUCACAAGUGUUCAAUUAUAUUGUAAAUAUGUAUUUGUGUGCAAUUUAGUAACGUAUUCAAUUUCAUGUCAACACUUAGUAAUACAACAAAAUGACUAUACUAAAUCUCUUUAUGCUAGUAGUACCGAAUCUUUAUUAUCGAUAAUUAAUUGAAGAACAGGCGCUAGCAAGAAAAUAAUAUUGAUAAUAAUUGGACAAAAUAAAUUGUGGCUUAUAGUUUCGCUCAUUUUAAGAGUUUUAUUUACGAAAUAAUUAAAAGUUAAAAACAUCAGUACACGAGUAUAACGAGUAGAAAUUAAUUUAUAUAAGCAUACAAAUAAUGUAUCAAAAAAUAUCUUACUGAGUUUUUGUGCUAUAGAAAAUCAUUCCGUUACUUUUCCAUACUGUUAAUGACUACGUCGCAUUAUAAUAAAACCCCUACUUCAUUAAACUUACAAAA